AUGAAUCACUAUCUUCCAUUUGUCCUAUUGUCCAUCUUCCUGUCUGUGGUUCCAAAUGCAUGGUGCCAAGAAGAUGUUUGCUCCAAGUCCAAAGUAAACUCUUGCAAUGACUGUAUCACAUCAGGGCCAUACUGCGCUUGGUGUCAACAACUGAAUUUCACCAAAGCAGGUGAGCAGGAGUCGGCACGCUGCGACACUCAAGCUAAUUUGAUGGGAAGAGGCUGCAAGAAAGAAGAAAUUAUCAACCCACUGAGCAGUCAACAAGUAGACAAGAAUGAACCUUUGUCUACAUCAUUCAAUAUGGAAGAGCCCGUUCAACUUAGCCCACAGAAGAUAAGUCUAAGAUUGCGACCUGGGCUUUCAACUACUUUUAGUGUUUCAUUCAAAAGAAUUCAAGGCUAUCCAGUUGAUCUCUAUUACCUGAUGGACUUGUCUUUCUCCAUGAGAGAUGACUUACAGAAUGUGAAAGGCCUGGAAGAUCUCUUUAAAUCUCUGGAAAAGUUUACAGAACAUGCUCAGAUUGGGUUUGGUGCCUUUGUUGAUAAGACAGUUCUUCCAUAUACCAACACCAACAAGAAGAAACUGCUGAAGCCAUGCGAAGGCAAUGUGCAGUGUCAAUCCCCCUUUGGCUACCGUCAUGUGCUGAGUUUGACGCCAAGGAUUGAUGAGUUCAAAGACAAAGUAACAGGGCAGUUAAUUUCUGGGAACUUGGAUUCUCCAGAAGGGAGUCUUGAUGCCAUGAUGCAGGCUGCUGUUUGUGGGGAUAAAAUUGGUUGGAGGAACAGCAGCACUCGACUGCUUGUCUUGGCAACUGAUGAUGGAUUCCAUAUGGCUGGAGAUGGAAAAUUGGCUGGUAUCCUAGAACCUAAUGAUGAACAGUGUCAUAUGUACAAAUCUAUUUAUACCAAGAGCAAUGAAAUGGACUACCCAUCUGUUGGACAAAUAGCAAGGCAGUUGGAAAAAGAAAAUAUUCAACCCAUAUUUGCUGUGACGGAAAAUAUGGUAAACAUGUACAAGAACCUCUCCAAAAUGAUUCCAAAAUCUGAAGUGGGACUUUUGUCUAACGAUUCCAAUAAUGUUGUUCAGUUGAUUGAAACUGCAUACAAUAAAUUGUCUUCAAAAGUUACACUGACCCAUGAAAAUCUCCCUGAAAAUGUUAGAGUCGUCUAUACACCACGCUGUAAACACGCAAAGCAAGAAGGAGAAAACAAAGGAGUUUGUGACAAUGUUCUUGUGGGACAGGAGAUUUCUUUUGAUAUAACAAUCACAGCAGACUCCUGCAUCGAGAACAAGACAUUCUCAAUCAGACCACUGGGCAUUAAAGAUACAUUGACAGUGACCUUGUCGACAAGCUGUGAGUGUCAGUGUAAAGAUCCGAGGGAAAGUAACCAACAAUACUGUAAUGCCAGGGGAACAAUAGAGUGUGGUAUUUGCAGUUGCAACCAAGGCUCUGUCGGUCAGUUCUGCGAGUGCUCCAUUGGCAACAAAGAUGAACACUCCAUUAAAGAGUCAUGUAAGGGCCCAAGUGGUUCUGAAUGUGAGGGUCGUGGAGAUUGUGUGUGCGGGAGAUGCCAGUGCCACACAACAGCAAGUGGAAGCAGUUACCAUGGUGACUUCUGUCAAUGUGACGACGAACACUGUGAGAAGUUCCAGAAUAAAUUAUGCGGAGGAAAUGGUAAGUGCAACUGCGGCAAAUGUGAAUGCUACCCAGGCUUUGAAGGCUCAGCGUGUCAGUGCACAAAAUCAGAAGAGGGGUGUCGUACCCCAAAUAAUACCAUUUGCUACGGGAGAGGAGACUGUAAGUGUAACCGGUGUGAGUGUAAAAAUACAUACCAACGUCCACAUUGCCAGAAAUGUCUCGGUUGCCCGGACCCGUGCCAAGUCAAAUCAAAUUGCAUUGAAUGUCUCGGUUUUCAAUCUGGUCCUUUUAAUAAGAACUGCAGCGCGGCUUGCCGCGAGAGCGUUUUGCAUGAAAUGGUAGAUCAGUUCACAAUUGCGAGCAAAUUGUGCAAGCAAAGGGACACAAAUGGUUGUUGGAUGAAAUUCAAGUUGGAUCAACUAUUUGGAGAGGAUAAGUUCAUGGCUGAAAUUCUGAAAGAGAGAGAGUGUCCAGAACCACCCAGUGUCGCGGCUAUCAUCGGGGGUUCUAUUGCGUCCGUGGCUCUCAUCGGCAUCUUGUUGUUAUUGCUGAUUAAGCUGCUUAUCUACAUGAAAGAUCUGAAAGAGUUCAGGAAGUUUGAAAAUGAAAAGAAGAAAUCCAAAUGGGCAGAGGCAGACAAUCCACUUUUCCAGAAUGCCACCACUACUGUGACCAAUCCAACCUUCACUGGAGAAAAAUAG